UGCUUGAAUGGCUGCUUGGAAUAACGAGCUCUCUGUUGUGUGUGCAUGUGUGUGUGUGUUUGUGUACGAGAGCAGCAGUGAUGGGAACUUUAAAGUGAUGCAAGGGCUCCCCAUUUGGCUUCAUUUUCCUCUUCUAGCUCUGUCAGGAUACGGGUGAAGUGUCUGAAUGGAAUUGGUGCUGUAGGAAUUUUAUGAAUGGAGCAGAAGGCAGGUUCAGCCGAAGAGGAGCAGAGCAGGGAGAUGCAGUGGGCUCGGCUCUCUCCAGCAGGAGCUGUCACUCCAGGGAACUGCACAGACAGGCACCAGCAUGGCACAAAUCUGCUACAAGUCCCUGGGACACCAAACGAGGCAGCUGCAAGGAGGCAGCACCCGAGCCAUGGAAAUAUGCUCCUGAAAAUGAGCUAUCACCAGCACACCGAGUGUGUGGGACCAGCUCCGGGCUCAGCUGGAGCAUCCCAUGCAGAGCUGCUCAUUUCUGUGCCCUCCUGCUGGUUGUGAGGCUGAGGAGCAGCCACAGCUCCCGGAGCAGCUGUGUCUCCUUCACGGGAGUCACUGUCACUGCCAGCUCGGACACCAGCACUGAUAAAAGGGACAACGAGGCAGAGGGACAGACUGGCUACACCUGCCCUACAGCAGGAGGGCACUGCACAGCACUGCAGGAGCAGGACGAGGCAGAUUUGGGGCUGCAAGAAAUGGAUCUUGAUGCUGGUGAAGCUGUGGGGACCAGCCCAGAGCAGCAGUGUCCUGAAGGAGCACUGAGCACUGCAGAACCAUGCUUGUCUCUCACUGUACUCCAGGGCCUGGGGGGGGGAGAUGGGCUCUGUGUGUUUCUCUGGGUUUUUUGUACUUUUAUCCCAACUGCUAAGUGAGGGAAUAUCUCCCUCUGCACUGGAUUGUCUUCUCUUACCCAGAGUUUUUUGUGACACCUCUGCAGGUGGUAAUGGGGAGAAGGUGAGGGAAGUCAGAGAGGAUGAAAAUUGUCCAUCCUCAAGGGCCACAGAAAUCACUGACAGGGUGACACAAGGGCAGCAGGGGAGGGCCUGGGACUGUAAUGCUUCUGCCAAAGAGACAGUGGGAGGAAAGAGGCAAAGGAGUCAGAGCUGGUGAGGAGGGAAAGGGACACCUAACUCACUGGGAAACGCUUCAGAUUCCCAGGAUUAAACAAAUCCAGCCUGCCCAGCGGAACAAGGCAGAGGGGAGUCUUUGCCCGCUGAGCCCUAGAGGACAAGGCAGUCCAGCAUUCCUCCCCUUAACGUUUUCCAAAGAAACUGAGACAGUCUGAGUGCUGUAAAACACAUAAUGCAAAUGUACUUCUGUAAGCAGUGACCUUUAGGAUGGCACAGGCUUUUGGUAUGCCUUAAAAUCUGGGCAUUUUAGCUACUUCUUCAGCAUUUCUCUGAGGAAGGUUUGCUCUCCUUUUGCCUACACCCAGAAUGAAUUCAGAGCAACACAGUCCUGAUUUGUGCAGCACUGAGUCUGAGCUAAGCAGAGGCUCCCAUGCAGAGUUGCCUCACAUGUUGUCUCACACCUCGCUGCUCAAGGCUGUUCAGGCAGGUUCACACCCAGCUCUGGCUGAAACAGAUCUGUUUUACAGACACAUGGACAUCUCUGGUGUCACACUGGACAGAGAGAGUGAAGAACCCUGUGUUUACAGGCACAGAAAUCCCACAGGGAAGCUGCACUUUGCUUUAUGAAGUGCCUUUUUCUCCAUCACUCGAGUGCUGUUUGAAACUGCAGGACAGAGGAGGAGCUUCUCAUUCAAGGGAAGCUGCUCUGUGAAAACACUGCAGAAAUGCUGGACAGGACUUCAAAUGCAUCACUAACACAGAACAAUUUGGCUGCAAAUGAUAACUCUAAAGUUUGUUUUCCCUUUUUCGGAGUCUUCUGCUCCUUCAGAGAUAAGCAUGUGGCAAAGAGGUUUCAACAAUCAUGCUGAUAGCUCUAAAUCAUUGUUAUAAAUUUAGGAAGGAUGUUUUUUUCCUCCAACCCUGAACUAAGGACUGAAUGGAGAACGCAGAUGAUCCUUGGAUGAGACACUGCUGAGAAAUGGUUCCACAGCUGCCCGCAGCCGCGUUUCUCAGAGCAGAGAGAAGCCCCUCAGACCCCUGUGACAUGAGCAAAGCUUCUGGCGUUUAAACCCGGGAGGAUGUCCCUAAGUGACGAGCUGGAGAGCCACUUCCCCACCACCCCCUACAUGGUGACAGAGGUGGGUGAGGACGUGUUCAGAAUCAGGCCCAACGGCUCCGCCAAUGCCACCGGGGACGGCGCGUGGGCCGCCGGCUCCACGGAGGACAUGAUUGCCAUCUGCACCAUCGGGGCCAUCCUGUCGCUCAUGUGCGUGGUUGGGGUGACAGGCAACGUCUACACCCUGCUGGUGAUGUGCCACUACCUGCGCUCCUCUGCCUCCAUGUACAUUUACAUCAUCAACCUGGCGCUGGCCGACCUGCUCUACCUCCUCACCAUCCCCUUCAUCGUCGGCACCUACUUCAUUCAGAAGUGGUACUUUGGGGACAUUGGCUGCCGCAUCCUGUUCAGCCUGGACUUCCUCACCAUGCACGCCAGCAUCUUCACCCUCACGGUCAUGAGCACGGAGCGCUACCUGGCCGUGCUGAAGCCCCUGGACACGGUGAAGAGGUCCAAGAGCUACCGCAAGGCCAUUGCUGUGGUGAUCUGGCUGGUGUCACUGCUGCUCACCCUGCCCAUGCUCAUCAUGAUCCAGCUGGUGCAAAGGGACAACAAAAGCAUCUGCCUGCCCACCUGGAGCAAGCUGUCCUACAAAGUCUAUCUCACCAUCCUCUUUGGCACCAGCAUCGUGGGCCCGGGGGUGGUCAUUGGCUACCUGUACAUCCGCCUGGCUAAGAUUUACUGGGUGUCCCAGACUGCUUCCUUCAAGCAGACCAAGAGGCUGCCCAACCAGAAGGUGCUCUACUUAAUCUUCACCAUAGUGCUGGUCUUCUGGGCUUGCUUCUUGCCUUUCUGGAUAUGGCAGCUCCUCUUCCAGUAUUAUGAAUCCUUCCCUUUAUCUCCCAAGGUGAUGAAGAACAUUAAUUACUUGACAACCUGCCUGACCUACAGCAACAGCUGCAUCAACCCCUUCCUCUACACCCUGCUCACCAAAAACUACCGGGAGUACCUGAAGAACAGGCAGAGGUCCCUCAGCAGCAGCAGUGGGUACUUCCAGAGGAGGAAUCGUUUCCAGAGGAUUUCAGGGAGGUCCCUGUCCACGAGCAGCCAGCACUGCACAGAGACUUACGUCCUUGCUCACGCUCCUUUGGGAAACAGCAGUGCCUGAAGGUAAAAUAUAUCUCCAAGAACAAUCAAUACUGACUUCAAUGUUGCUUUGAUUUAAAGUGUACGUUGUGCAGGCGAAGCCUUGGCAAUGCACACAUCUAGUCCAGAGGCUGUGCCGUGUGUCUGUUCUCAUUUCUGCAGUGCCACUGAUUUGAUGCUAGCAGCACUCAGCUGAACAUCUAUCUAAAUAGCCUUUCACUUUUUAUCUUUAUAUUUUAUAGUGUAUGUCUCCUCAAGUAGCCAUCAAUAAUGAAAGCCUACAACAGGGCCAUGAUUUUUAAUAGUAUCAGCUGUCUCACAACGUUUAAAAUUAUGUUACCCCAUGAAUGGCUGUCGUUUGCUCUUUUCUUCCUUUAGCAGUAGUGCUAAAUUUGUAGUUGUACGAGGACUGAAGACAAUGAAAUAAAGAAAAAGCAGCU